UGGCAUGCACUAAACCAACUUUUAGCCUUCUUCAGAGAUAUAUAGUUCCCACAUUGCAAUCCAGCAUCAGGAUAAGGCAGUGAUAGAUGCAAGUUAGCGUUGCGGGUCUAAUGUCGACGGUUGUUGCGUCUUGCACCCCUAUGAGUCGCUCGCCCGUUCUGCCGUCUUCUUCCGGCACGCCGGCGAGCCGCUCUUGGAGGCCGGCGGCAGCGACGGCGUUCCCUAAUUCUCUCGCCGUCAAGUGCUGCCGGCCGACGUCUGUGGUACUCCGCGCUCACCCGGAGAAACAGCUGCCGGCGUUCAACAUUCCCCCCACCGCCCUGCUGUACCCCGUGCAACCGCCGGACAGCAAGGAGCGGUGGGACAUCAAGGAGGAGGAGAGGCACGUCAAGAUAUGGCUCCAGGUACCCGGGCUCUCGGAGAACGACCUCGAGAUCACCGCCGGCGAGGACAUGCUCGAGAUCAAGAGGAAGGCUGGCACCGGGGCCGGCGGCCGCGAAGAGCCGCCGGUGGAGGUGCACGGGGUGGGCUCCUUCCACGUCAGGCUUCUCAUGACGAAGGAAUACAACAGCGAGGACGUCACCGCGGAGCUCAAGGCCGGGAUGCUGGAGAUUACCAUCGGCAAAGCCGACAACCGUGGCAUCAAAAAACCAGUCGGGUUUGGGAAGAAAAGCACCACCAAGAACACGCCAACCCAAGACAAGCCAAGCUUAAACAGUGCCCAAGGACAAGGAGGGCCAGCCCGACACUACACUUGAAAGCUCACCACCUCGGGGCGCAGUUUCUCAGGUCCACGACCACGAGCUUCAACUUCAAGGGCACGAUUUGGGAAAAUUGCGAGCCAAGGCGCUAAGAAGUUGAUGCACUGCUCGUUGUGAUGUGCGCUAUUGUAUCCGUAUGAGAUUAUUGGUUUGAAAUUCGCAAAGUCAUUUAUUUUCCGAAAGACCAAUGGCUAUACAUUAAGUAGCAGAUAUCGUUAUAAAAACACACUUAUAUAAAUUGAAAAAUACAUCCAAG